UUUUCUAUUGAAAAGGAGAAGUGUGUUGUGUUCGUCGUUUCAACAACUGGCGAUGGUGAUCCCCCUGAUACUGUAACAAAAUUCUGGAGAAGGCUAAGGAAGAAAACAUUAGGCUCAACUUAUCUAAAAGGACUUCAUUAUGCCUUGCUUGGUAGGUAAUUCAGUUAGAAUUUAGGACUUCGUCAUGUUAGAUUUUGAAUGAAAAUAUAGCCAGUCCUUCUGGAGCUUAGUCUGCGAACCCAGACGUCAUUUCGCACGCUCAUUCUUUGCUCGGAAAGCGUGGGAAAUGACGUCUGGGUUCGCAGACUAUCUGUGGCCAAGUCGCCAAAGCUUUUACAUUAUGGGACCGCAGUUGGUUUUGCUGCCAUUACAGAUUUAAAGAUACGUUUGUUGUUGUGUACUCUAAGACACUAGUCCAGUUGCUUAAAAAAAAUACUGUAUAUCGGAGAGCCCUACUGAAAUUGACGAUGAUAAUAUUAAUACAAUAUAUUGGUCUAACAUUUGGUGUAACAUUUGUUAUAUGAAACACUUUCAAUAAAAGAAAAUUUAUUUUCAUCCACCAACCAUAUUAGUGGCAGACCCUGCCUGGGAAACUAUUUACUUUAGUAACACAUUCAAACAAAGUUCGUGAUACUGUACCACAGCCCACAAAUAUUUCACAAGUAGCCAAAAAAUAUCGCUUUUAUUUCACCUUACCUUCAAUUUUGGUUACAAGCCUAGUUUAUGGUCUGUAGUCUGUUGGUUUAUGAGUUUAAUGCCUUUGUGAAUAUGGGUUCUUGAAAAUUGAGAUGUUCAUUUAAGCAUCAUCUCUCUUGCUCUUUGACUUUAAAUAAGUGCCUUGUUCUUUACUUCAUAGGAUUAGGUGAUACCAACUACACAAACUUUUGUAAUUGUUCUAAAACCCUCAAUUCUCGUCUUCUUGGUCUGGGAGCAACACAUUUUUACCCACCAGGAUUUGCGGAUGACGCUGUUGGGUGAGUGUAAUGUAAUAUAGUUUAUAUAAUAACUACAGUGAAACACGCAAUUUGAUUGGUCAAUACCGUGCAGGAUCAGGCUGUCUUGCACGAGCAAUAGACCUUUCCCCUUUUAAGUGAAAUUUUGAUCUAGACAAGUCUGAACAAAAAUUUCAUCACAGCUUGAAAGAGCAUCACAAAAUUAGUAAUAUUCCGAGUUCUAUAUAAUAUUCCGAGAUAUAAGAUAAUAUUCCGAGUCCUGAAUCAGUUUGAUCAUCUGAUUAUCAAUUUCCCAUUUGUAAUACCAAAUGACUGAAAAACGGCAAACUUCGCAAGGUUAUAUUAUCCGCAUUUUACAACAUCUUGCAACGAAACUUCGGAAUAUUACUAAUUUUGUGAUGCUCUUUCAAGCUGUGAUGAAAUUUUUGUCCAGACUUGUCUAGAUCAAAAUUUCACUUGAAAGGGGAAAGGUCUAUUAAAAUGCCUUUGCGGGAUUCUCAAAAUGUCAUUGUUUCACUGUAGUUAUUUUAUAAAACAAUUACCAAAUGGUAUUUAUAAAACAAUUACCAAGCAGGAUAGCGUUAUCCAUGCACUUGGGAUGUUGCUCGACUUUCGGAAAGCGUAAAAAUACACUCGCCUGCGGUUCGAGUAUUUUUACGCUUUCCGAACGUCUCGCGACAUCCCUCGUGCAUGGAUCACGCAAUCCUGCACGGAAAACCAUUUGGUAUUCCUUUAAUAUCACUAAGGUUGUACUUUUAUAGGAACUGUUCUGCAUUAUUUAUGCUUGCAUAAUCCUAUAACAAGAUUUUUAGUUUUGUACGUAUACUCUAGUAAAGUAAAGUAAAGUAUGCUGACAGUGAGCUCUAGAUAUAACUACAGCAAGAACUCCAGUUAUUCGGCCCAUGUAUGAGGAAAGUGAAGCCAAGAUGGUGGAAAUUGACAUCCAGUAGCUACAGUAUAAAGGUCGUAAACAGUUUUAAUACCAUUUUUCCCAGCUAAUUCCGUAUCACUAAACAAGUCAUCAGUUCAUAAAACCAUAGUGUUAUUCUUUCGAUAUCAAAAUACGAAAUUUCGGCAUACUCCUUGCCAGUUUCGUGUUAACCGCGCAGACAAAAACAAUAGAAAGGGACUGGAACUGACGUCCAAUAGCUCUUCAAUUUCCGCCAUCUUGUCUUCACUUUUUGGAGUUGUGUUCUUGCUCCAGAUAUAUAUGGAGCUCACUGGCUGGUGAUAGCCUCCUCCGCAGGCAUCGCCCAUAGAUUGGCGGGUAGAAUUUGGUUGCGGGCAAAAAAUUGAAACCAUACAGACUACAGAGAUGUCUGCGGAUGAGGCUAUGCUAAUGAUGAAUAUGGUGAUUUAGAAGAUAAAUACUAUUUUCUGGUGCAGGUACUGAUAUGUUCAUUUCAGGACCGAUAUCUAAUAUGCGGAUAUGAAUAUCACUCCAUCACUAUACAUUUUAAAUAUGAAUAUUGUGCUAUAGACUGGAGGUCGUUGUUGAACCUUGGAUUGAUGAACUUUGGCCAGCAUUAUUGAAGGAACUAAGUUCAAACAGGCAUGAC